CGCGUCUCAAGCAGUUCAGACUGCGACCACGCGUUUAUUGAAAAUCCUAUCACAGCACAGAUCCCAACGGUCGCAAGUGGGACAAGCGUAUGGUCAACCAUAAGCGAGUGCAUCCACUGUCUCUACUGUUGCAUCUUCCCUCUCACUGCGAUGACGAGCAACAAGGAUAUCUACUCUGCUACCUACAGCAAUGUGCCCGUCUACGAGCUCAAGAUCGGCAAUGACCAUGUCAUGCGACGAAGAUCUGACGAAUGGGUCAAUGCCACUCACAUCCUCAAAAUCGCCGGUUUCGAUAAACCCGCAAGAACAAGAAUCCUAGAAAGAGAAGUGCAGAAAGGUGUCCAUGAGAAGAUUCAGGGUGGUUAUGGCAAAUAUCAAGGCACAUGGAUCCCGCUCACUGAAGGUCGUAUGCUCGCCGAGAAGCAUGGGGUCCUCUCUCGCAUCUCUGCCAUUUUCGAUUUCGUCCCUGGCGACCGAAGCCCUCCACCCGCCCCGAAGCACACCACUGCUGCAUCAAAUCGCCCUAAGCAAAACAAGCAGCCUGCGGCAAAGAAGGUCGCCUCACAACCUGUUCAACCCUAUCAGCCUGUUGAAACCUUCGAGGCAGCCAGCACACAGUACAACGGCGCGACCGAAAGCCGAGAACCUUCUCCCGAGACCGCAUCGUUCAUGGCAGAUGACGAUUUUCUACCUCUCUCACAAAAUUCGGCGGCAUCGAGAAAGCGCAAACAACGUGACUUUGAGGAGCAAAUGGUGACUGCGACAGAUCUUGACCACACUAUGUAUGGUGACGAGUUGCUGGAUUAUUUUGUCACUGCUGGCGACGAUGAUGGCACUUCCCACAUUCUACCACCAGAACCCCCAGCGAACUUCGAUGUUGACAGGCCUAUUGACAAUCUCGGAAACAAUGCGCUUCAUUGGGCCUGUGCCAUGGGCGCCGUGCAAAUUGCUCGUGAUCUUUUGGCAAGAGGUGCCACUCCUAAUGCUCAGAAUUCAAGUGGUGGAGAGACUCCGUUGAUUCGUGCGGUCUUGUUCACCAACAACUAUGAUAAGCGAACCUUCCCUAAAAUCGUGCAGGCCUUGUCUGGGACGAUUAUCGAGCGAGAUUGGCAUGGUGCAACCGUCUUCCAUCAUAUUGCAGAAUCAGCACGUCUGAGAGGGAAAUGGAGCUGUGCACGCUACUACUGCGAAGUCUUGAUCAACAAGAUGCAAGAAAUGGGAUCGAACUACGUCCAAGCUCUUCUUUGCUCACUCGACAAAAAUCACGAUACAGCACUGCUCUGCGCCAUUCGUAACGGAUGUGUAAAGGUGGCAACAUUCCUUCUGAACCACUGUCCAGAGGCAGGCGAGAUCCCGAACUUGAAAGGCGAGACUGCAAACCAAUAUCUAAGAGCUCUGCGCGAAAAGAAGGAGAGCCUGCAGCAACCGGGUUCGUCUCCUCCAAGAGCUGGAGAAUCCUACACUGCCAAACAAGCACGACGCAAACGUCAAAAGGACGCUAUUUCACGCGCGGCUUCCUUGGUUCUCGAUAAGAUCGGACCACUUAUGGAUGAGGGUAGCUUCAAGCUGGCAGAUAUGUACGACUCACAGAUGAGCGAAAAGGAUACCGAAAUAGCCGAAGCCAAGCAGGCCUUGUCCGACUUCGAGACUCAGAGACACAAGAUCCGACAGGAGACCUUCCUUCUAAUGGCCAAGGCUGAAGAUGCUUCAAAAAUUCCGGCAUUGCGGCAGGAGUACGAAGCCUGCUUGAGUGAUAUGCAGUCAUUGCUGGAGCAGAAGGAGCAUAGCACUCUUCAACAGGAGAUCUUCCAGCAGGACCAACAAGCAAACCCACAAGCCUUCCGCUUCGCCAACCCUCAACCAUUGUCCGCAGAUGAGAUACGUGCAUCACUGCCCUGGGCCCUUGAGUUGAACCAACAACAAGCCAUGCGAAGAUAUUGGGUGCAAGAGAUUGCGAAGUUGAUGGGCGAGGCCGGAACCGGUGAAAAGGUUGGAAAGCAUAGAAAGUUGGUGGCUAUUGCGACUGGUAUGAAGGAGGAUCAGCUGGACAGCAUGUCAGAAGAGCUGCUGGAGAAUUUGCAAGCAAGUCAGGGUACUGCGCCUCAGACUCCUCCGGCUAUGAUGUCUGGGGUUCAGGCUUAGAUAGUACCUAGGUGCUGGCUUAUGAUCACUGUAUGAGACAUGAAAUGAUACG